GCACAAAUUUCGGAGCGGUGGGAAUUAUUGAAAACUUACUAUAUGUAUUUUGAUAAAUAGAUAAGCUAUUUAUUUGGUGUAAAAAAAGUACUUUUCCAACCCUUUUGAUGAAAACCGUAACAUCAACGCUGCUGAGGAUUGAAUAUAUGUAUUUUUAAUGGUCGAGUUCCCAUUUUAAAAACAAAUAAAUAUCAACAAAGUUAAUAAAAUCGAUAAAGAUACAAUAUGCCCAGGCCCAACAGCAUCCUUGUGUGUUGACCGUGUGCCAAUGCCAGUGUCAAAGACAAAAGUAGUAAUAUACUCUAGCUUAUAGUAAUGGGACUGUUGGACAGGAGGCUCCUUUUCUCCUGCCUUGUUGUUGGUAUCUUUGCUAUAAUUUUUCUACAAGGGUCAGAAGCCAAAGGCGGAGGGCGCGGUGGCGGCGGCGGCGGGCGCAGUAGUGGCGGGGGGCGAAAGUCGUCUAGUUCAUCUAAAUCAACCUACAAGUAUAACAACUAUUAUCACACCAGUGGCUACCAUGGCGGCUACAGCAGUGGGUCGUCUGGAAAAACGCCCUGGUCCUGGUGGAAAUUCUGGCUCAUCCUCAUGAGCGUGUUUGGGAUAGGCCUUUUAGUUGUGAUGCUAUAUUGCCUCUGCUGCAACUCUCCCGACACUAAAGAAGACGAGCAGGCAGCCAGGGUGGCCAUUUUUCUGAAUCAUCAAGAGGAGCAGCUCAACAGCGACUUGCCAACCACCGUCCACCCACCUGUCACCUGCCAGAGCCCAGACAACGAGCCGCCCUCAGCCCCGGCAAUGACGCCUCCGCCUCAGUAUCCUGGAUGGGGGUCUUCGGACUCCCCCUCCUUCCCACCACCGGAUUUUGCGUCCGCCACCGCACCACUCCUUCUACCGAAAGUUCAACCAGUAGAUUCUUCGACUAACCCGCCGCCCGGAGCACCAACCCUGUCCUCCUCCACCGCACACACGACGCCACCACAGAUCGGCUUCAUUAUUCCGCCCCAAGAUCCAGCGAAUGCGAGUGUACACUUUGGAGGACGCGUAGGAGCAGAAUGACGUUAAACGUUCAGUCUCUUGAAAAAAUUUUUGUGCAUAACACUUCUCAACAUUGCAUUAUAAGUAUAUAUUUUUAUAAGAAUUGUUUGCCAUUUAUCUGUUGAGGUUCCGUUUGAGUUAAUCAGUUGAGUUAUUAACGGAAACAGGUUGUUUUUGUAUAUUAUGCGUUUAAAUAAUUAGUUUCUGGUGCUUCUCCCAGUCUAUUUUCUAGUAUACUUAUCAAGAGAGAUUAUAUAAUAUUUUUUAUUGUGACUUGAAGAUUGACAACUAAAUGACAAUGCCUUGGAAAAAAUGUGUUCAAAUGAAAUGAAAAAAGUAAGAAAAAGUAAUAUAGCAACAAUAAGGAGUUAGGACGCUAUCAUUGUGAUAAUAAAAAUUAAUGUAUAAUACAAUUUUCUCGCGUAACAAAACUGAACGAUAAAUUUAAGAUAUUUUUUAUACAAAAUAGCAACGCAGACUAAAGGCUGAAAUAAUACUAAAUUGCCUUCACUUUAUUAUUAAUGCGAUUCUGAGCUGUUGAGUUUCGGCAGUAUCAUCGUGGUCUCUAAUUGGUCAUAAUGUUGACGAAAAAGGCUGAUUAAAAAAAGGAUUUAAUCCAUGCUCUAAACCCCUCUCUAGAUCUUAGAAAUGCUAACAACAAAAUCAAGUUUUAAAGACAAUAUUGUAUGCAUUUAUUACAAGAAAAGGAAACUAAUAAAAAUAAUUAUGUUGUUUCUACCCACAACGAUACAGAUGAAUCAGGUCCAGAAAAAUACGAAAUAUAAGCUAUAUUUUAUUA